AUGGAUAUUGCCGCUUCGACUAGGAUUCCCGCAAUAGCGCUGACGGGGGUUAGUCCUGCCGCAAGAAGAAAGCUAGACGAGGUGGAAGAGUUCGUUCAGAACAGAUGCAUUCCCGCAGAAACUGUUUUUGCGCAGCAGUUAGGCGUUGAGACGAAACAGCGGUUUGCGACGCAUCACUCGAUUGUUGAAGAUCUAAAGGAAGAAGCCCGAAGCCGCGGACUAUGGAAUUUGUUCAUGGCCAAGGAAUACUGUGAAGACGGGGCCGGGUUUUCAAAUCUGGAAUAUGCGCUCAUGGCUGAACAGCUUGGGCAAAGUUUCAUCGCUAGCGAGUGCAUGAACUGCUCUGCUCCGGAUACGGGAAAUAUGGAAGUGCUGCUGAAAUAUGGAAAUCUAGAGCAGAAAAAGGAGUGGCUACAACCCUUAAUUGACGGCGAAAUCCGGAGCGCGUUCUUGAUGUCGGAGCCAGAUGUGGCCUCGAGUGAUGCUACGAAUAUCCAAUUCGAUAUCAAGAGGGAUGGGAAGGACUACAUUUUGAAUGGAAGCAAGUGGUGGAGCAGUGGUGCUGGGGAUCCGCGAUGCGAGCUAUACAUUGUCAUGGGGAAGACUGAUCCUUGUAAUCCAAACCCACAUCGACAACAGUCUGUUAUUCUCGUGCCAUCUCGAACUGCUGGGAUUACUGUCCAUCGCAUGCUCUCGGUGUUUGGAUAUGAUGAUGCACCACAUGGUCAUGGCCACAUCACGUUUGAUAAUGUCCGUGUUCCAACGGCCAACCUGGUCCUAGACGAGGGCAGAGGCUUUGAGAUCAUCCAGGGCCGCUUGGGCCCUGGGAGAAUCCAUCAUGCUAUGAGAUGUAUCGGCGUGGCAGAACGAGCAUUGAACCUCAUGGUGUCCCGAGCAGCUGAGCCUAAGAAGAAGCCGUUUGGCAAGAUGCUGUCUCAGCAUGAUAUAGUCAUGGCCCGCAUCGCGCGCGCACGAGCCGAAAUUGAUGCAGCCCGACUGGUUGUUCUCAAUGCAGCGCUCAAGAUAGACAAUGGGGACCCCAAGUCAGCCAUAGGCGAAAUUGCAGAAGCAAAGAUUCUCGUCCCGGAAGUACUCCUACGCGUGCUUGACGAUGCCAUCCAGCUGUUUGGCGCUGCCGGAGUCAGUCAAGACACACCGUUAGCAUAUAUGUGGGCGUCUGCUCGUACUAUGCGGCUCGUGGAUGGUCCAGAUGAGGUGCAUUUACUACAGCUCGCCAAGCGGGAGACUCGAAGGGCUUCAGUAAUCCGUCAAAAACAGGCACGUCAAGAAACGAUCAUGGCCGAGAUCUGUCAAGACCGUGGUAUAACAAGGGUCGAUCCGCUUCACUUGGGCUGGACCGCUCAAACGAAGCCACGGCUUUGA